CCUUACUCUGGCCCCUACACUCAUCGCGCACAUUUAAAAUUGGUUUCAGUGAGAUCUGCCCUGUCAUGUCUAGUCUGCAGUAUUGUUAGCCCUGUGGCCCUUGACCGUUCCUGAUACAAGAGAUGACUUGGCUCUGGGAGGGUUUUUGUCCCCCGAUGUUGCACUUUCUCCAAAGCAGCCAUGUCCUUCUGAAGAUGAGAAAUCAUGGCGAUGAUGCAAGAACGAAGUAUUGAUGAGCAGGAGUCAGAAGCUGAUAGUGGAGCUGCUGGGCCAUUGCUUAUACAUACACUUGAGCAAAAUGGAAUAUCUGUGGCAGACAUAAAAAAAUUGGAAGAAGCUGGUUACUAUACCGUAGAGGCUGUAGCUUUUGCCCCAAAGAAGGCCCUCCUUGGUAUUAAGGGAGUUAGUGAGGCUAAAGCAGACAAAAUACUGGCAGAAGCUUCUAAACUAGUACCAAUGGGCUUCACUACUGCAACAGAAUUUCAUCAGAAACGUGCCGAUUUGGUGCAGCUGACUACAGGCUCAAAAGAGUUAGACAAACUAUUAGGAGGUGGUAUAGAGACUGGUUCCAUCACUGAAAUGUUUGGAGAGUUCCGCACUGGCAAGACUCAACUUUGCCACACACUAGCUGUUACCUGUCAGCUUCCCUUAGAUAUGGGUGGUGGUGAAGGAAAGUGUCUUUACAUAGAUACAGAAGGAACUUUUCGGCCUGAACGUCUUCUAGCAGUUGCCGAUAAAUAUGGGCUCUCUGGGGCUGAUGUCCUCGACAAUGUGGCUUAUGCUCGUGCAUAUAAUUCAGAUCACCAGACUCAGUUAUUGAUUCAAGCAGCAGCCAUGAUGGCAGAGUCCAGAUAUGCCUUAUUAAUAGUUGACAGUGCUAUGGCAUUGUAUCGAACAGAUUAUGCUGGACGAGGAGAACUCUCUGCGAGACAAAUGCACCUGGCACGAUUUUUGCGAAUGCUUCUCAGAUUGGCUGAUGAGUUUGGUGUUGCUGUGGUAAUAACAAACCAAGUGGUUGCUCAGGUGGAUGGAGCAGCCAUGUUUGCAGCUGAUCCCAAAAAACCCAUUGGAGGCAACAUAAUGGCUCAUGCUUCUACAACUAGAUUAUAUCUAAGGAAAGGUAGAGGAGAAACAAGAAUCUGUAAGAUCUACGACUCCCCGUGUCUUCCUGAAGCUGAAGCCAUGUUUGGAAUAUAUGCUGAUGGUAUUGGUGAUGCAAAAGACUGAAGUUUGCAUUAUAAAAUUAGAUUUGUGCCUUAAUCUGUCUCUUUUUAAGUGAUUGAGCCUAGCUUCAAGGAUUAAGUUUUCUAACUUUUAUAUAAUUAUAUAUAUAUAUAUAUAUAUAUAUAUAUAUAUAUAUAUAUAUAUAUAUAUAUAUAUAUAUAUAUAUAUAUAAAUAAAUUACACACCAUAUACACAUCUAGUUACAUAAAGCUGAUCAGUUGGUAAAUAUUUUGUACAUAUCUCCAUAUAAUUACAUGUUUCAUUCAUUAGUUUUGAUUGUACUUCAGUCUUUCAAAUAUUAAUUAAUACAUAUCUUCAACUUUCCAGACAUAUGGCAAUAUUGUUACAUAUUUACUCAUUUCUUAUCUUGCAUAAUCAUAUACUGGUAUUUAAUAGAAUUAAAAAGAGUACAAGAUAUAAUUGCUAUGAAUCUUGACUCUUUAUAGUAAAAAAAUGAAAAUAGUUUGCUUUAGUGUUUUAGUAUCAAUUAAAUAAUCAUUGAUCUAUGCAUUUAUGCAGAUUAUGCAAAAUAAUUUUAUUAAAACUAAUUAAAAAAUUGGAUGUAUCUUUAUUGCUUUUGCUAAUGAUCUACCACAGUGUAUUUUAAGUGAUAUUUACUUUGUAUAUAAAACUGUUAUUGGCUUUGGAACUUUUUAAUCAUAUUCUCUUAUGUGCAGAGUACUAUUUAGUAAGUUUAUAAUUGUGAUAUAACUUACAUGAUGCACAAAUAAAUUGUUAAUCAUUUAAUAUAAUAGUCAUUGGAUAAAAACCCUCACUUAUGUAUGUAUUUGUGAAACUUAUGUAAAAAAAAAAAUAAACCAAGUUUUUCGCACUCUCCCGAGUGUUUUGUCACAGUUAAGUUGUGUGUGUUAAGUCAAAGUUUUGUGUGUGGUUAGGUCGAGACUUGCAUCUCGACGACUAUUCACAAUGAUGAUUAGUCCAUUAGAUUAUUAAUGUUGAUGAUGUAUUGCAAGUCACAUCCUAACCACACUUGGACUUUGAUAAAGCACUCAGGAGAGUGCGAAAAACUUGGUAAAAUUCUUUACAUAAGUUUCACAAAUACAUAAGUGUGGGUUUUUAUCAUAUGUUAUUAUGUGUGUGAGAAGACAUUGCCAUUACUUAUAAAGUCAUUGUUAACUUUUUCAGUCUCAAGUUUAAAAUUUAAAUGCAUGUUAGUAUUUUAUUGACUAACCACGGCAAAUAUGCAGCAAGUAGUUUGAGUUCAACUUUAUGAUUCCUCAGGUUGUGCAAGGAUGUGUAUUUUUUUUAAUAUAAAAAUAUUUAAAUUCAUCAGGCUGUCUUAAUGAUGAAAGAGACCGGACAUGGGUUAAAGUAUUUUCUAGCAAUACUUAAAGAUUAGUUGGUUUACCUUCACAUCCUUGUCCUACACUCCAUUGUAGUUUACAUGUGUAAAAUUUCCUUUAAGGAAACUAAAUUAUUCACUCUCUGCCAGUGUCCUUAUGUUCGGUUUAUUCCGUUUCCUUAACAGAAACCUCCUGUUCAUUGAGACAUUCAUUUUUUUUUUUUUUACAUGCCUUACCUUACUUUGUAUUGGUUUCGGGAAUUAAUGUCCCAGUCUCUGACUAGGCCAAUUCUGUUUGCCUAGUUAGUUUGCCAAUAAUAUUUCCUCAGUCCUCUGUCUUUUUGAAGCCUUUUGCUCCUGCUGCCAUUUUCACUAAUUAUUCUUUGAUCUAUGAGCUGGAUUGUUGAAGUUGGGCAAGUAUGUGGCAAAAAUUUCCUUAUAUUAGCUCAUUCUCUUGUGGAUGUGAUGGGCUGUUAUUUAGAAACAUUACUAUAUGGUUGUCUGGCAGGCUAAAGCUCACUUUUAGAUUUAAACAUCAACACUUUUUAUGGCCAUAUAAGUUACAAGGAGAGACUUGACCCAUCUAAUGACAAUUGAACUUUUACUUUUCCAGAUCACUAGUAAUUAGUAUGUGCCUAUGCUAGGUGCAAUGACAUGCUACGCUACACCAAACUUACUUUAUCUUGCUUAUACCCAGAACCCCAUCGUGGGUGUUGUCCAUAUGAGAUAAGAAGACUCGUGUAUCACUCUAAAGUUGGUGCAGGUGGGUUCAGCUGUCCUGCCUGCUGACCCUUCUGCCUUCUGUAAUUCUUGCUGGUGCCAGAUGCUCCAUUCAGGAGUACAUUCCCUCUCCUAGACGUUGCAAUAGGCGAUGAAACUUUGGGCAUGGUGCCUUCAAAUGCACAAAUGCAGUGUGUCUAUGCCCCUUGUGUGGGGACUCAGGUCAGUCUAAGAUGGAGUGCUCUUCUUCCCAGACUCACUGCAUCAAUUGUGGUGACGCCCACCCUACUUUCUCUCACGUGUGUGUGCACUACAAAUUUGAGGAAGCCAUCCUCAAUUUGAAGCACCGCAAUCAUCUGUCUUUUUCCUAAGGCAAGAUGCCUGGUCCGCCGUCUCCCCUCUUUCGCUAGCAUGUCUUGUGCUCAUGUGUUGUGUUCUACCUCUCCUCAGCCUUCCCCUCCUUUCUCAAUCUCACAACCGUUCCUUAAACAUGUCAGGAGCCUUAGACCCAGACACAUCCACCACCACCUCACCAGCUCCUUUAUGUUCUGAACCAGAAGGUCCUCCUCCCAGUUCUCCAUCUGGUGUUUCCUUCCUUCCUUCCCAGUCUGCCUUGUCUCCUGUGUCCUCUUUCCUUUCUCCCAAUCCUUCUUCCCAGCCCUCCGCUCUGUCUUUUGGUCCUCCAUGCCACCUGUCUGUCCAGGCUGUUGUCUAACAUGCUCCCAGCAAUCUUCAUGUUGUUCGCUCCCAUUAUCCUUCCCCUGUUGAGACUAUGAAGACUGUUGCCCAGUACGUUGCUCCUGGCACACCUCCCAAAGUCAGAAAUGUAAGCCCGACUCCUCUCCUUCCUGCUCGGCAGGUAAGAAGGCAUUACUUUCUAUCCCUGCCUUCUGACCGAUUCUAUCCCUGCAUCCUCUCCCAUUUCAGUUGUCGAACCCCUUAUCCUAGUUAUGGAGAUUCCCUUGAUCCUCAAUUCUCUCUCGGUUGCAGCCCUUGAUGAGGUACGCUUCCCUGUUUGUCCCCCCACUUUUCCAAUUUGCUUGACCACCCCUCUCCAAUGCCCCCUCCCGCUCAGGACUCUGUCCGCCCUCCCACUCUUGACUCCAUCGUCCUUGCUAGAUUUACCCAUGCCCCCUAACCCCAAUUCCACUGAUCCUGAUCCUACCUAGUAUACUGUGUUCUUCUUUGCAUUUGUUUCUACCUUGUUCACGUUUCUGUUCAUUAUUUUUGACAAUGUCUAUUAUUCAAUUGAAUAUUCAAGGAUUUUAUGCCAACUUCUGAUAACAUGCUUUUUACUACUUGUGUGACUCCAGGAGCCGAUGCUUGGCGCUUGUCCUGGUCACUUCCGUGGUUAAAGAGUUUCUGAUAGGAUCUUUUGUUGUUAAAGUUGUUUAAGAUUCGCUACUUGGAACAAAAUGUUCCAUGUAGCACGGGCUAUGAUGAGCCCGUAAAGUCUAUAUAGGAUCUUUUUAAUUUGAAUAAACUGUCUUCCAUUAAAA